AAUUGACUUUUAUUUGAUAAAAAAUAAGCAGCUCCGUCUCCUCUCUCUUGCGACUUUGCGUUAACAACAUGCAGAUCUUCGUAAAAACCCUAACUGGAAAGACCAUCACUCUCGAAGUCGAGAGCAGCGAUACAAUCGAUAAUGUCAAGGCCAAGAUUCAGGACAAGGAAGGUAUCCCACCUGAUCAGCAGAGAUUGAUUUUUGCUGGUAAACAAUUGGAAGAUGGCCGAACUCUUGCAGAUUACAACAUCCAGAAAGAGUCAACACUUCAUCUGGUUCUGAGGCUCAGGGGAGGAACUAUGAUUAAAGUGAAGACCCUGACAGGAAAAGAAAUCGAAAUUGAUAUUGAACCAACUGACACCAUUGACAGGAUCAAAGAACGGGUUGAGGAGAAAGAAGGAAUUCCUCCAGUGCAGCAAAGGCUCAUUUAUGCCGGUAAGCAGCUUGGAGAUGACAAAACUGCGAAAGAUUAUAAUAUUGAGGGUGGCUCCGUGCUCCAUCUAGUGCUUGCUCUUAGGGGUGGUAGUCUUUAAGUAGUAGUGCCCGUGAUAUUCUACUUCUUCAGCUUUAAUUGAGUAUUUGAUGAAAUGAUUGAGUUGCAUGUGCUGUCUGGAGAAACCAGAAAACUUGUGAUCGUAACAUGUUUUAAUAUAUCUUAAUUUUCAAAUAA